AUGAUACAAUGGAUCCAAGAUCUCAGUCCAAAGACCCAACCAUCCUUGGUUAUCAAGGAACCCCAUGAGGCUGGACUGAUGCAAGCUCAACUCAAGAGGUAUCUUUUACAGGGUAUAGAAAAGAUAUUUCAAUGUGUGAAACUUCUCAAAGAAAUGAAAGAUGAAGUGCCUCACCUUUUCAGUCACCAGGCCGGGCAGCAUUUUCAGGAGAUGUUUGAAAUAUUAAUGACGGAAAGGUUGGUUGGGGAGCCAGCACUUGAUCCUAAAAUCAAUGCUACAGAAGAACUUGUCACUCUAGAUGCCGAGAAAGGUAAGGAGCUGAUCAAGCCUCUCACAUCUUUUCAGAACACUAAAAUUCAUGAGCUGAAAGAUGUCCUGCAUAAGCUAAUCUACUUGGGAUUGGAAGAUAACCAAUACCGCAAGCAACUCUACGUCUCUUUCCUUGAGUAUGCGGAAAAGUACCUUCUAAUCAGUCAAUGGCCGGAUCAACUAAGUAGUGAUAUUGCGGCUCUUGGGAGGAGAGUAGCAAACUUGCCUGUUGAAUGGUAUUGGUUGUCUACUUGGGGUGCAAUCUUGUUGUCAGAACAUUAUAAAAUGCUUCUCAACUCUGCGCUGCUAUUGUAUUUGAAUGCAUAUGACUCAUAUGCACAUCUAUGA